UGAAUUAUUAUAUUUGAUAUCAAUUAUUGCGUGGUAUGUGGCUAUCUAUCUCCACCCCUAACUGUUCCAUCGUUUGCCUAGAAGAAACUGCUUGGGGGGUAACUAUGGAUGUUGUUGUUGUAUGUUCUCGUCUGGACACACCUGAGACACUGAGCAGGUCACACUUGUGUAGGAUAAACAGCUGUGGAGGCCAUAGAUGCAUCAAUAGAGGUAAUGGGAAUAAUAUGUCCCUCUACCCUGUCUAUUGCUUCUGAUCAAAGCUAUUCGUAGUAAACUUUGUAGUUAUAUAUAUUCGCUAAUAACACUUUCUCUUGAUAAUUAUCGUUAAUUUACCUAUCCAAUCAUUUACAAAGUCUAAUAUAUGUGAGGUGUGAAUUUUUCUGUGGUUGAUCAGUGUUUAUAUCCACCUUGAUGCUGACUUGGAUCCUGCUGGCGUUAGUGUAAAUAAACAACAUUUCUCAACAACUACAAUGGAUAUCUACAAGUCAGAUUCUGACCUGUCAACCAUGCCCCGACUUCGGCUUCCUGUAGACCUGGCAACAGCAAAGGAAGUCAUGAAAAAGUUUCCUGAUAUGGCUUAUUCACUGAAUCACAGUGGAAUAUUUCAAAAUGCCGUACGGAUGUUAUAUGGAGAGGAAUUCACCAUAAAAACUGACCUCUCCAGUCGAAUGCUCUUCAGCUGCAUGAUAUGUAAUCGUGAAAUGAACUCUGAGAAUGCCAUGGCAGAGCACUUCAGAUCAGGGGCUCAUCAAAAAAAUCGGGACAAGAAGUGUCGCGAAAGUGGAGAGGUAAACUUGAAAGCCUUAGCUUCAAAUUAUCCUACAGAUUCUCUACAUUAUAAACUACUGAACUCGAAAGUUCAACCCUUAGGUCUACAAUUGGUUGAAGAAUAUGUUCGUGGACGUGGGUCUCCAUACUAUAAAUGUAACCUGUGUGGAGCACAUGGCAAGCUGGACACUAUGUACCACCAUUUAAUUGGCAGGAAGCAUACAGAAAAGUAUAUUAAAUCCAGUUGUGUUUUGAGGAAUUCAAUCUUAACUCCUAAUGAACGUGAAGAACUUCGUCGUCAGGUGAUCGCAGCUGAAGGAAUUAAUACACGAGGUUUGAAAACUAUUAGAGGAAGUGAUUAUUUUCCCUAUAAAUGGAAAGAAGAAGGCCGUGCUGUAGCAAAACACCUAACAGAUGUUAAAAUUGAGACGAGAUCCCCGUCGAGCUCCCCAUCACCAGGGCCUUCAGGAAGUAGGACUCCUAUUGGCCGUGGUUACCUUAAGCGAUCACCAAAACGUUCGCCAGGGGAAUCUCCAGUAAGCUCUCCAGAGAGGUAUAGCUCAAAGCCUUCCAAAGGGUGUCGAAAAAUUUCUCCAGUAAGAAGAUCACUGUCGAGAGAAAAGUCUCCACUUUCUCUGUAUCGUAACAAAUCUCCACCACUACCUACCUUGGAUGCUGCAAGAAUUGAGCUAAAUCCUGUCCAACUGCCACCAUUGCCUCCACUACCACCGCCGCCUCCCCCACGCAUAGUGGAUACUAAAGAUCAGGAAGUACAGAAACAUGAUCUAGAAGAACUGAUGGUACAGCUCAACUUCAUUGUAAAAACUCAUGCUAUGCCAGUUUCUAAAGAAGAUCAUGGGAUAUCUCAAGCACAGACUGGAACCAAGUUGGUUUGUAGAAAACAGAAGAAGAAUGUGAACUUAGCAUUUAUUUUCAAGUUGUGUUUCGAAACAUUUUAUUUUUAGUUGCAGUAUAUUCUCAUUGCGCAUUGGUCUCCCCACACAAGGUUAGCCCAUUAAUGGUCUUUUAUUGAAAUUACUUUCUUUAGUUUGUCUAUAGUGUGGAAUCUCAAUUCUAAUAAUCUACUUUUAUUUUUUAAUAAAUGCUCAAGACUUGAUUAAAAUUUGUUCAGUGCAAAGUAUAAUUUUGUGAAAUGGAUAUGCAAAUUUAUCUGAAUAUAUUUAAGGAACUGAAUUGGUGUUUAACCAUUGAUGAUGUAAGGAGAGUAUGCAUAUAAAUAUUCAGACAAUGUGUGCAUUGUAUCCUGUAUAAAUGUACAAACGUUAUAUAUAUAUAUAUAUAAAACUACAAAUGCCAAAAAUACAGGUCUGGGAUGAUGCCAUUAAAUAUAAUACUGUAACUUCCUUAUUACCACCACCAUCAUCAUCAUCAUGUUAUCAGAAACCACAAUACUCGGUUGCCACUAUAAACUAUACCAUGCUCUUCACUUGCCAGGUUUUUAGCUAUUUUCUGUACUGCUUCACAUGUGAUCAAGGCUUAGGUGUUACACAAGCUUGGAAUUUUUUAAGGAUGUAUGCAGUGAGAAGUAUUGUCAAAUAUUCCUGCUUUUUCUAAUUGUGUUUAAAUAUACAUUACUGUAUAUGUAGACAUGUGCCAAGCUACAGUGUUGUCACAACAGUCGUUUCAUAUGGAGUCGAGAGAUUAAAAUUUAAGUACAACUGUAGGGGUUUAUGUACAUGGCAUUGUAGAAGCGAUGUAUGUGUAGUUUAAUGAGUUUGUUUUCCUGUAGCUUAAGACAUGAAUUUGUCACUAAAGUCAAUAUUGGUCAAGGAAGUGGCUUGUACAAAAUAGUUUAAAAACGAAUGCAGCUAGAGAGCAGUCUGGAGCUAUUGGUGUGAAACCCUAGGUAUUGUAUGGUCAAUGAAAUAUAUUGAAAUAUUAGAGCAGCAUAGAAAAAAGCAUAAGAAAUCAAAUUAUUUUGGAAAGGUGUGUAAUGUAAAAGUCUGAGUUUUUAAGAUUAUUCAAUAGCAUGUUUUUAUAGAAUUUACUUGUGAUGGAGGACAAAUGUGAGAUGUGAUUGGCAAGUGUAAAAAUGUUUUUGUAUAAACUACUUGAAAACUAGCAAUGGACAGGGAUGGGUAGAAGCAGUAUGUCACAAAGGCAUGAUUAUUUUGUUGUAUGGUGUCAAUCUACAUGGACCACUAUGAAAUAGCUGAAAUACUACUGUAGAAAUUUCCUGUGUUUUAGAACUAGUUUUCAAAUAUGCUUCCAAAUAAAUGAUGGUAUGAAAGUUCAUGUGCUACUGUGUGUUUAACUUUCCUAUUCUUUCCUGGCAGGCGCCUGCCACACAGGUGAGUGGGCGGCACGAUGGUGGUAAAGAUUAUAGUGUACCGGCACACUACAUACAAGAGUAAAGUGUGCUAAGAAUGAGCUGGUGAUAAAGAAAUUGGUGCAACAAGAGUCAAUGCACGGGAUAUAAUUCUAGAUUAUUUUAAAAUUAGAUUGCUAUAAGGGAUUCAUAUUAGAAUCCAUUUACAAGUUCUAUAAAGGUACUGUUAUCUUCCUUGACUCAUUUUGAACUCUGGCCCCCUAGAUGUGUGGUUGAAAUACUGUACUGUAUUUUAGCUGAAUUGCAGAUUUUGCUAUUUAAAUAGUUUUCAGUGCACAGUGGAUAAAUAUAAACUGACCUACUGGAGAAAAAUAAGUCUUCCAGGUGGGCAUUGUUAGUUGAAAGGGACUGACUUCACAAAUCAAAAGUCGGUCGCUUAAAACCAAUGGUACCCACCGAGUUAGUCUCGCUAAGUUGUGAAUAGUUAAAGGGGCCGUUUCCAUUUUCACUUUGUACAUGAAAGACUGAUACAGAUAACAUAGAAAAAUAAGGAUUAGGUUUUCCUUCAGUAAUACUUUUAAAGUGCAUUUUGUAAUUUUCAUACUACAGUAAUUAAUAUUAGUAAUGUAAUGUAUCAUAAAUGUUUAGCUACUUCACUCAAAGGGGAAAAAAAAAGUAUUAGCAAUAGAAGCAUAUAUUUACAGAGCAAAAAAUAAUUACUGUAUAUGCUGGCAUACAAGUCAACAUUUGAAGCCUAAAAAUCUUUCCAAAACCAGGGGGUCAACUUGCCUGCCGAACAUAAAAUGUGAACCUUAACCACCGAGAGAUAAACAAGUGGCCUAACACUUGUUGUGCACCACUUGUCAUACCUCUCACACCACUUUGUAUUGCCUACUGAAACUCAUGUUUGGUAAGUCUAUUUAAUGUAUUUACCAUAUAAUAUCACAAUGGUUAGCAUAUAUUAUAGUAGAAAACAUAGCCCUGCAAACUCUCCAUUUACAACAGCUGAUCGGUGUACCAGUGAGGGAGAGGGAAGUAGUCAUACCAGUUUGUGAAAUAUUUCACACGUUUUAUGUACCAUCUUUUUCAAGAGAAAUAUUUUUUGUCACAAAAUUGUAAAACAGACUUGUAACAUCUAUAUGAUUUAAAUAAAUGAAUGUCUUAAGGGUGCCAAACCA